UUUCUAUCAGAGUUCUCUUGACUUUUAUUUUGGAAGUCUUGUUGCCUAAGCGACAGCUAGCUGCUGAAAGCUAGCAUCUCUGUGUUAUCUCCAGCAGUGAAAUGACUCCUGGGACUUAGCUGGAGGAUAGGUGAGGCAGAGUGGAAUGGGCAGGGCUUUUCCAGUCUUCCUCUUAAGUGAAAGCUUUGGAGCAGCCUCACAGUAGCAGGACACAUCAGCCUAUCAGUUGUUGACCUGUGGACGAUUGUUAAUGGGCUCACAAUGACCAGCGUCUGGGAUUGUCAGGGUUCCUCGCUGAAGGAAACCCAGGGCUCUGUGUGGACGAUUAACCGCUACACCACGCUCAAGCAGCUCGGGGACGGCACGUAUGGCAGCGUGCUCCUGGGCAAGAGCAAUGAGACUGGUGAAGUGGUGGCCAUAAAAAGGAUGAAGAGGAAGUUUUAUUCCUGGGAUGAAUGCUUAAACCUAAGAGAAGUGAAGUCACUGAAGAAGCUGAACCAUGCCAAUGUGGUGAAACUGAAGGAAGUCAUCAGAGAAAAUGACUACCUCUACUUUGUCUUUGAGUAUAUGAAAGAAAACCUCUAUCAGCUCAUGAAAGAACGAGAAGAUAAGAUGUUUUCAGAAAAUGAGAUAAGGAACAUUUUGUUCCAGGUAUUAUCUGGCUUAGCAUUUGUGCAUAAGCACGGGUAUUUCCAUCGUGAUCUGAAGCCGGAGAACAUACUGUGCAUGGGCCCGGAGCUCGUGAAGAUCGCAGAUUUUGGCCUAGCAAGAGAAAUCCGCUCGCAACCACCUUACACAGAUUAUGUGUCCACAAGAUGGUACCGGGCCCCUGAGGUUCUGCUCAGGUCUAACUCUUACAGCUCUCCCAUCGACAUCUGGGCCAUGGGCUGCAUCAUGGCGGAGCUGUACACCCUGACGCCUCUGUUCCCGGGAAACAGUGAGGUGGACCAGAUCUUAAAAAUCUGUCAGGUGCUGGGAACGCUGAAGAAGUUGGACUGGCCCGAGGGCUUCAACCUUGCUGCCUCAAUGAACUUCCGCUUCCCGAAGUGCGCUCCCACCAGCCUCAGGUCCCUGAUUCCCAACGCCAGUGAUGACGCGAUCACGCUGAUGAAAGACAUGCUGCAGUGGGACCCCGAGAAAAGACCGAGUGCUGCUCAGGCUUUGAGGUAUCCAUACUUCUAUGUGGGACAGACACUUGGUGCCGCACUAAAGCACUCAGAACAGCACAAGGCCCAGAAGAAGAAGAUUUCUGAGACAGCUGCAGAUCUGAAGCCUCUGUCCCUCUGUAAGCCUCAUCUGGAGCCCUGCAAGCUUGUCACGACCCGCGCUGAGCCUCAGACCUGCAGCCAGUCUCUCCAUCAGCCUAUGCACCAGGAGAACAUAGAGCAGAGCACACUUCAACCAGUGUGUCCCAGCACACUGACAGAGGGGCAGCAGGAGCCUCUCAGCCUGGUGAAAAGAAGACCACCAGGGCACUGUCAGCCUGUAAACAUCACUGAGCGAGGAGCCGAGAAUAGACAUGCCCGGACUGCACGUCGGCGGUGGGGCCAAACGUCUUUCAGGUCGGUGGACAGUUGGGACGACAGUGACGACGCAGACACCGGCGUUUCCAUUUCCAAAAAACCCACCAUCACUUCUCUGAGGAACAGCUGUCGAUUUUCAGAGUCAAAGAACAACAGAGGAUCAAAACUGCCAAGCAACAGCGGACUGAGCCGAGAUGACUCCAGCUCCAUGUCAGCCAAGCAGCACUACCUCCACCAGUCCAGAUAUAUGCCUGGCAUAAAUCCAAAAAGCAGCUCCUCAGUUAGAGGCCAAGUAUCCAGCAGAAAGCUGGGAGUGUCCUCAUGUUUAUCCAGAGGACACGGCCUGGAGAUCCCUGUCAGGAGAGAUAUUGGUCUUCCUAAAAUACCAGAUAAGACUCCUCUAAAAGAAAAGACCUCAGAGGAUCUUGAUCUUUUGAAAGAUUCCUUUGUGAGCAGCUCCAACACCAAGACGUUCAUGACACCUUUACAGAAAACCGAAACAGGAGCAGCCCGACAGAGGGUUAUACUGGCACCCAUAGGAGGGGGCUCUGCUGUCGAUCCGUCUGUUGCUGAUCUGAUAGUGGAGCCGAAAACCAAACCAUUGAAAAGCAAGACCUUAAACAAGCUGGCACCCUCAAGUGAAGAGUAUGAAGGAUGGAAAAGCAGGCAACUGAAUUCUCAGGUCUUUGGAUUCAUCACCAGCACUCCAGCGAAGACCAGCCUGUCCAGGAGCUCAAACUCUCAGCCAGUGACUGGACGAGUAGACUGGACCGCCAAAUACAGCGGCCGCAGGUAGCGCAGCAGUCUCUCGGCUUUCCAGAGGAAUCCUGUGAAAGGUUCCCAGAGCAGGAAAUGUGUCUGCCGCUGCUAUAAAAUAUCAUUCAGUGUUGUAUGAGUCAGUCGAGACUUUUAUCUUCGUUAUGUUAAAUAACAGGAAGUUUAAUAAAGUAAUUAUUUAAGUGAAUGAAUAUUAGUAUCAUGGUGGUUUUUUUAUUUGGCUCAAAAAAUCACAUUUAAGCACAACCAAAAACUUUAUUUAAAAAUGUUUUUCAUACAAUAAAGAAAAAAUAAUUGAUACCACGGCUAUGUGAUCUGAGGCAGGACAGGCUCCAGGAAGCCCUUUCUAUAUGAUCCCAUUUCACUCUACACUUUUUAUAAAA